GGGGCAGGGCCGCCACACAGGCAGCUGGUCGUGCUUUUCCUGCCCAGACCUGGCUGGACCGGAGCCCACAGGGGAACCCUACCUGCCUCGCUUAGAGCGCACUUUCCAGCUUGUGGCUGUCAUUCCCACCUACGGGGCCUCUUCUUGACGGACGUGAUCUCGGAAGAAGCGGAAGAGUAAGAGUUAGGUGUGUGGUGAGCCCAUCAGAAUCCUUCCCGUACCACACAGCAUACUGCUUCUUGGGAUUCCUGGACAGCUUCCUGUGCCUGGAGCGGCAGGAGCCUGGGACCUGACAAUGAGCACACGGCUUCCUGACUGCAGCUAAUGAGAGGAAAUUCCGUCAUCAGCACACAGAAAUCUGGGGAUUUCAGGCUGCGGCCUCAGCCGCCACUCCCUGAGCGGGGACACUACACCAUCUGUGUCCAUCUAGGCAGCCCUCUGGCCCCAGGCAGUCCGUGGACCCUGCCAGAGAUGUCUUCUUUUGGCUGCUGGGGCCUGCUCACAGCCCUUCUCGUCCUGCUCUGCUGUUCAGGGUCCGCUGAGGAGACAUUCGAGGUUUCCAUAUGGCCCGAGAGGUUGGCGGUUGAGGCCACAGGGUCCAGGAAAGUCAACUGCAGCACCAGCUGUAUCCAGCCUGAAUGGGGCGGCCUGGAGACCUUCCUCACUAAGCAUCUGGUGGACCAACAGCCUCAGUGGCAGCAGUACUUGGUCUCGAACAUUUCUCGGGAUGCGGAACUCAUUUGCUACUUUUCCUGUGCUGGGAAGACGCUGACAAAGAGGCUGAAUAUCAGCGUGUACCAGCCUCCGAAGCAGGUCACACUGACGCUGCAGCCCACACGGGUGGCCUUGGGCACAUCCUUCACCAUUGAGUGCAGGGUGGCUGCCGUGGAGCCCCUCGAGAGCCUCACCCUCAUCCUGCUCCGGGGCCAGGAGACUCUGCACAACCAGACCUUCGUGGGGGCCGCACCUGCCUCCCAAGAAGCCGCCACCACAUUCAUCAGCAUGGCUCAGAGAGAAGGCGGCCCCCUCAACUUUUCCUGCCAGGCUGAGCUGGACCUGCGGUCUAGAGGCGGGGACGUCAUUCGCAGGGUCUCGGAGCCCCAGGUCCUCCAAGUCUAUGAGCCCGUGCAGGACAGCCAGAUGGUCAUCAUCGUCACGGUCGUGUCAGUGCUGCUGUUUUUAUUUGUGACAUCCAUCCUGCUCUGCUUUAUCAUCAGCCAGCACCAGCGCCAGAGGCGGACAGGCACCUAUGGGGUACUGGCUGCCUGGCGGAGGCUGCCCCGCGCCUUCCGGGUACAGCCUGCAUGAGCCACGUGGCCACC